AUGUUCGACGAGCAGCUGACGUGUACAUAUCUGAUCACAUGUACAGUAGCUGAUGUGUGUACAUAUCUGAUCACAUGUACAGUAGCUGACGUGUGUACAUAUCUGAUCACAUGUACAGUAGCUGACGUGUGUACAUGUCUGAUCACAUGUACAGUAGCUGACGUGUGUACAUGUCUGAUCACAUGUACAGUAGCUGAUGUGUGUACAUAUCUGAUCACAUGUACAGUAGCUGACGUGUGUACAUAUCUGAUCACAUGUACAGUAGCUGACGUGUGUACAUAUCUGAUCACAUGUACAGUAGCUGACGUGUGUACAUAUCUGAUCACAUGUACAGUAGCUGACGUGUGUACAUAUCUGAUCACAUGUACAGUAGCUGACGUGUGUACAUAUCUGAUCACAUGUACAGUAGCUGACGUGUGUACAUAUCUGAUCACAUGUACAGUAGCUGACGUGUGUACAUAUCUGAUCACAUGUACAGUAGCUGACGUGUGUACAUAUCUGAUCACAUGUACAGUAGCUGAUGUGUGUACAUAUCUGAUCACAUGUACAGUAGCUGACGUGUGUACAUAUCUCAUCACAUGUACAGUAGCUGAUGUGUGUACAUAUCUGAUCACAUGUACAGUAGCUGACGUGUGUACAUAUCUGAUCACAUGUACAGUAGAUGACGUGUGUACAUAUCUGAUCACAUGUACAGUAGCUGACGUGUGUACAUAUCUGAUCACAUGUACAGUAGCUGAUGUGUGUACAUAUCUGAUCACAUGUACAGUAGCUGACGUGUGUACAUAUCUGAUCACAUGUACAGUAGCUGACGUGUGUACAUAUCUGAUCACAUGUACAGUAGCUGACGUGUGUACAUGUCUGAUCACAUGUACAGUAGCUGAUGUGUGUACAUAUCUGAUCACAUGUACAGUAGCUGACGUGUGUACAUAUCUGAUCACAUGUACAGUAGCUGACGUGUGUACAUAUCUGAUCACAUGUACAGUAGCUGACGUGUGUACAUAUCUGAUCACAUGUACAGUAGCUGACGUGUGUACAUAUCUGAUAUGA